GUCGCGUGAAAGAAAAGAAGCCUUCAAGAACAAGUUGACUGGGCGGUAAAUGACAACAAGUGCAGAUGCCAGGCUUUGAGCUGAAGCCAUUGGACGAUGGCAACACAGUGGAGUUGCAGGAGGGGGAGACGGCUGUGCUGGGGAGAGGCCCCCUCUUUGGGGUGAACGACAAAAGAGUAUCAAGAAACCAUGGGGUGGUGGAGAAUGUCGGUGGCAAGCUCAGAAUAAAACCGACCCACCUGAACCCAUGCUUCGUGCAGUCUUCCCUGGACGACGACCCUCGUCCGCUGACCAAGGACCAGUGGCACCCGCUCUCCUCAGGAGACUUAUUCUCCCUGCUGCCGGGGAAAUAUGUCUUCCAUGUCACUGCCAAGGAGGAGGAGGAGAGGCAGGGAGAGGAGGAGGAGGAGGAGGAGGAGGUGGUGGCAGCAGAGGACGAGGGCACUCUCAGAAACAGCCAGAAUUUCCAGGACGAUGAGAAAAGUGGGAGUGACGGUUAUCAAGGGUCAGAAGAGGAAGUGAGGUCAUCAGCCAAUAUGAAGACAUCAACCAAUGAGGAGCUGGAUCGGUCCAUAUCCACUCUCCAGGGUCGAGGAGGCCAGUCUGCCAGUCAGCAGUCCACAAUAUUGGCCAGCUUUGAGGGGAAGAGCUUGGUGGGGCCCCCUGAUAGUCCUCCAUCUUCCAGGCACCAGGAUGAUAUGAGAGAGGAAAGGUCUCCAUCGCCUCCACCGCCUCCCCAGAGGAGCAGGACUCUCCCAGCAUGGAUGAUGGCCAACGCUGCCACUGGGGAUCAAGCAACCAAGAGCCCAAGCACCAGUAAAGCUCCAGCAAGAGGAAGAGGUCCAGCAAAAGCUGCCGCUGCACCCAAACCAGCCAAACCUUCAGCCCGAAAAACGCAAACCGCCGCAGAUAACGCCACACCAAAGCGGGCCAGAACCACGGCCCGGUCCGCAGCGGAGGAGAAAGACGAUGAAGAUGAUGAAGAGCAGGAGGAGGAGGAGGUGGUCCAGUCAGCUAAGAAGAGGAGGAGGAAGAUGCCCAUUGAUGAGGAUGAGGAUGAAGAUGAGGAGGAAGAGAAGUCCAAGGUUCCUGCUGUUCCUGCCUACCGACCUGUCAGACCGACCACACAGGUGAGGCCCACCCCAGAGGAAAUGAGCGAGGAGUCAGACGACAUGGACCUCGGACAGAGUAAGACGGACGAAGAACGGAACGAGGAAGACGAGGAGGAGGAAGAUAACAGACAAAACAGACGAAUGACAGGAAACAGCACUUCUGUGUAUGUACCAUCAAGAGCAACAACAAAUCAGUCGGUCGGUUCAACGUCGAGAACAGGAGGCUCAUCGAGCGCAAGCCUCAAAGACACUAAUCCGGCAUCUCAGAAUGGCCACAAAGCUGCGGCUGCCAAGGCUACGACCAAAGUCAAAAACCAGAACAGUGAUGAUGCAGGAGGCUCCAGGAAGAAGAAAGCCACGAAAAGGACAGCGUGUCCAUAUGGCAGCUCGUGCUACAGAAAAAACCCGCUGCACUUCCAGGAGUGCAGUCACCCUGGCGACAGUGACUAUGAGGAAGAAGAGGAGGAGAUGGAGGUGGACGAUGAAGAGGACGACAGACCAGAGUGCCCCUAUGGAACAGACUGCUAUAGGAAGAACCCACAACACAAGAAGGAGUACAAGCACACAAGACCACCAGCCAGGGCUGCUGCCACGCGAAAAAAGUACGACGAUAACGAUGAUGAUGAUGAAGAGGACGCGUACGAGGACAGCUUCUCCCAAAACGAUGACAGACAGAGUACGGACUUCACCUGUUGA